AUGGACAUUGUUGUUAAUGAAGCAGAUGAAAAGGAAAAGAAAUGGUGGUUAGGAAAAGGUUCUUUAGGUUCUCUGGGUAUUGAUGAGGAAAGAUUACCUCUAGUAUUGGCGAGAGGUGUAAAAUUUAAUCAGUUUGCAAAAAGAGCUGAGAAGAUUAAGGCCAGAAGGUUCUUGGACUAUCGUGAUGGUACUGUAACCAUCAUUGAAUUACCAACUGGAGUGCACGAAGUUGCAGGCCGUGAAUUUAGCUAUAUGUUUAUGUACGCAAUCCGUAAUGCAACAAAUCAAAAUAGUAUUUUCAAUUGGGGAUCGAUAAGUUUAUAUACUAAUCUCUCAACAAAUGAAUAUGAAGAGCCAGACGCAUGUUUUAUACCUAUACGUCUGCUGGAAGCAUCUAACGCAGUAUUAAAUCCUUGUGAUCGAAAUGGAAGCCCAUGGCCAACUAUCAUCCUUGAGGUUGCUUCCUCAGAAACUCUCCAACAUGUAAGAGAUAAGAUCAAUGACAAUUGGCUAGCCCAUGAUCGCUGUGAAGAUGUGAUUGUUAUCAAAAUAGGUAAUUGGGAAGGAAGACGUCGUAAUAAAACGACCCAACGCCCUUUGCGUCGAUUGCGGUGUCUAAAAUUCUGUCGGACUGCAACUCUUCAGCAAAAUCCAAACGCUACAACAUUCGAAGCAAUUGAAGAGAUUGAGUUUGGAUCCACGAAUGCCAAUGGCAAGGAGAGUUAUUUUUGCACUGGACCUCACAUGAAAUGGCUUACAAUUAAUUGUAAAUGUAUUUUUACUGGUUGUCUUCAACCUCCUUCUCUUCCUUCAUUUCACACAUUUAUCUCUUCGCGACCUUUCAGUUCCCCUCGAUUUCCUUACCCUCUUCAAGCCCCGGGAGUUGCAAUUGACUUAUAUGAUCUUCAACAAGCGAUUUUUUUAACUAUGGGUCAUAAUUGA